AUGCAACUGAAUAAUAAUGUGACCGAAUUCAUUCUACUGGGGUUGACACAAGAUCCAUUUAGAAAGAAAAUAGUAUUCACUGUGUUUUUGCUGUUUUAUAUGGGGACAUUAUUGGGAAACUUGCUGACUGUUGCUGCCAUCAAGACAAGCUCAGAUCUCAGGAGUCCCAUGUACGUCUUUCUUUUCUACUUAUCUUUGUCGGAUACCUGCUUCUCCACUUCUAUAGCACCAAGAACCAUUGCUGAUGCCCUUUUGAAGGAAGCCACUAUUUCUUUCAGUGAGUGCAUCAUCCAAGUCUUUUCAUUUCAUUUCUUUGGCUGCUUGGAAAUCUUCAUUCUCAUCCUCAUGGCCAUUGACCGCUAUGUGGCCAUCUGCAAGCCCCUGCAUUACAUGACCAUCAUGAGCCACAGGGUCUGUAGUGUGCUGGUGGCCAUGGCCUGGGUGGGAUCCUGUGUGCAUUCUUUGGUUCAGGUUUUUCUGGCCUUGGCUUUGCCUUUCUGUGGUCCCAAUGUGAUAGAUCACUUUUUCUGUGACUUGCAGCCCUUGUUGAAACUUGCCUGUACAGACACCUAUGUGAUCAACCUGCUCCUGGUGUCCAACAGUGGAGCCAUUUGUACUGUGAGUUUUUUCAUGCUGAUGUUCUCGUAUGUCAUCAUCCUGUGUUCCCUGAGAAACCACAGCGCUGAAGGGAGAAGAAAAGCCCUCUCCACCUGUGUCUCCCAUAUCAUUGUGGUCAUUUUGUUCUUUGGACCUUGUAUAUUUAUAUACACACGCCCUGCAACCACCUUCCCCAUGGACAAGAUGAUCUCUGUGUUUUAUUCAAUUGGCACACCUUUGCUCAACCCUCUGAUUUACACACUGAGAAAUACAGAGGUGAAAAAUGCCAUGAGGAAGCUGUGGAGGAAGAAGGUGAUCUCAGAUAGAAGUAUGAAUUAA